AUGAAGAACCUAUGCCAUUUUCAUCUUCUUAUUUUCAAAAUUUUACUGGGUGUCGUUGCAGGAAUAACAAGUUCUAAUCGACAAUUACUUGUCGAUCAACGUGGUGGAACUCCAUAUAAAACGAUUGCUGCUGCAGUCGCUGUCGCUUCUCCAGGUGACACCAUUGUUUUAGCGAAAGGCAGUGGUCCAUAUCGUGAGACACUCAAAAUUAGAGCAAAUGGUACUGAUUUAGCUCCGAUUAUAGUUGAAGGUAAUGGUGAGACAAUUACCGGUUUCGAUCCAAUGACUUUCACAUUCGAUGGAAAUGUUUGGAUCUACACGCUUUCUAAAUCAUUUGAUACAACACCAGUUGUUAUUACAUGGCAAGGUCGACGUAUUCUUCAAGAUCAAAUGACUGAUUGGGAAAUCUCUACUCGUCUUUUCGUUGUUGCUAUUAAUGGUAUUUCUCAUCAUAUCUAUCGUAAUAUAAUUGCCACCGGUAGUCUUAAUGAUGGUUUUAAUCUUCAUGGCAAUGGUGAUAAUAUUGUCUUUGAAAAUAUUGCUGGUUACAAUAAUCUUGAUGAAGGUUUUUCUUCACACGAUACGAUGUCUUGCUCAAUCAUUAAUGGUCGUUUUUGGGCCAAUGAUAAUGGUAUUGCUAAUGUCAAUGACUGUGUUACGAAUAUUACUAAUAUUAUGAUACACGAUAACAUCGGCUAUGGUCUAUGGUUGACUGAUAAUACCACCAGUAAAUUAGUUGAUGUUCGUGUUUGGAACAAUGGUGCUGCUCAGUUUCGUCUUGAUCUUCGUGCAUCAGGUACAGCCACUCGACUCUCUGUAUGGAAAUCGUCAUGGAUUUCGCCACCAUGGCGUCGUUAUAUGGAAUCCAAAACCGUUAAAAAUUCGAUAACAUUAGGUGGUAAUGCUGCUUAUACACCAAUUCCAUUCUGGACGGGAAAACCCGAUCUCAUGAAUAUAUCAAUUAUGCCUAUUCCUAUCAAUCCAACGAUUAAUACUACUGUGCCUAGCGUUGCAGUUUUCAUUCAAAACGCUCUUGCAACUGGUCGUUCGCUUGUCGUUCUUCCAGCUGGAAUUCAUCGCAUCACAGAUCAAAUUAGUAUUCUUAAUGGUAACACUCUCGAAAUUGAUGGUACGGGUGCGACUGUGAUCAUGACCACUCGUAGACGUAGUAUCUUUUACAUUUCAAAGGCAAAUAAUUUGAUAAUUCGUGGCUUAACACUCGACUAUGAUCCUCUCCCUUUUACUCAAGGUACCAUCACUGCUGUCACAUCAACUAUUAUCACAUUCACCGUACACGAUGGUUAUCCUGAUCUUAGUACUGAUUUUGGUCGAACACCACCUACACAUUUAUUCAAACCAGACGGUCGACGACAUCCCGAUGCUUAUGAUUUUUACAAACCAAUUCUAAAUAUAACUACAAAUCGUACGGGUACUUUAACUAAAACGGGUCCUAAGUGGCCUGAUAUUCUAGCUCUUGGUGAUUUUCUUUUACUUGAUCGUCGUGAGACAGAUGCGACGAAUGCCGUGAAUAUCUAUGAAUGUACUGGUCCAGUUUCUUUCGAAGAUUUUACAAUACUUAGUUCACCUACUCUCGGCUUUGCUGGUCGUUAUAAUCGUGAUGUUGUGAUUUUCCGUCGUGUCACAUUACGACCUGGCACAAAACCAACUGGUGCAAUUCAGACGCGACUCUUCUCAACUAAUGCCGAUGCCAUUAACUUUGUGCAAUGUCGCAAAGGACCAUUGAUCGAUAAUUGUGACAUUUCUCAUCAGGGUGACGAUUCUCUCAAUGUACACGGUUAUUUCUUCAAGAUAAGUCAAGUACUUUCAAAUACGAGCUUUCAAUUCACUUAUCCAAGUCCUGCUGGCUUUCUCAAUCCUUUGCAGAUUAACGAUACUCUACGUUUACACGCUAAUGGUAAUUUUAAUUUAAUUGGCACGGCGAAAUAUGCUUCAGGCAAAUUCAUUGGUACAACCAGUGGAGUUGCUACAUAUGAAAUAAAUCUUUUGUCUUCACCUACUACAUCGCUCAGUGUUGACCAAUGGUUUGACAUUGUUGAAGUGAAUUGUCCCAAUUAUAUUGUUCGUGAUAGUUAUUUUCAUGAUCAUCGUGGACGUGGGCUACGUAUCAUGGCUAACAAUGGUCUCGUUGAACGAAAUCGUUUCGAACGUCUUACUAAAUGUGCUAUUUCUAUUGGCCCUGAACUUGGAUAUUGGCGUGAAGCAGGUUGGGUCAAUAACGUUACAAUUCAAAAUAAUAACCUCAGUUACAUUGGCGUAGAUAUAAGUUUAUCUGCAACAGGUAUCGUUACACCUGGUGCUAUUAGUGUUUUCGUUCAUACGGACAAAACCUCGCCACCUUAUCCAAAUAAUCAUAGUGAUAUUAUUAUUCAAGACAAUUUUAUCGAAAAAACAUCAGUCGCUGGUAUUCAUGCUUAUGCUGUCGAUGGUCUCACUAUACGUGGCAACACACUUUUCCAUACAAAUCUUAUUCGUGGUCCAGGUACUGAUUCUUCUACUGGUCUUAUAACCACUGGACCAAUUUCCGUUUCUGCUGCAAUUAAUGUUACCCUUGAAAAUAAUCAUAUUCUUCAAUAA